GAUCGCGUGCCCCCCCCCCCCGCCUCCCGCGCGCCAUUUAAAGGGCCGGCCCGACGGCCGCGGCGCUCGGACCAGCCUCGCUGUGCGGGCGCCAUGCGGCUCUCGUCGGGCCCGGUGGCGGCGGCGCCGCUGCUCCUGAUCGCCGCGCUGUUGCCGGCGGCGGACCCCCGCGGCGCCCCCGUUCGCCGCCGCCCGCCGCCGCCGCCGCCCGCCCCGCGACGGCUGAGCGGGCGCGAGCUGCAGCGCGAGGUCCUGGUGCUCCUGGGCCUGCCCGGCGGACCCCGCAGGACGCGCCCGCGCCGCCCCGAUGCGCCGCCCGCGGACGCCGCGCCGCUCUUCAUGCUGGGCCUCUACCGCGCCCUGGCCCGCCAGGACGAGGCGGACGGCGCCGAGGGCAGCCCCGGGGCCGCCGACGGCGCGGACACGGUCAUGAGCUUCGUCAACCUGGUUGAACUGGAUGGAGAUAAAUCCCAGCAGAAGCCUUACUGGAAAGAAUUCAGGUUCGACUUAACACAGAUUCCCGCUGGAGAGACAGUGAUGGCAGCUGAAUUCCGAAUUUACAAGACAAAAAGUUUCAGUUCCCAUGUCAAUAAGACCCUUCAUAUCAGUGUGUAUGAGAUCGUUCAGGAGCAUCACAACAGGGAAUCAGAACUGAUGUUCUUAGAUCUUCAGGAAUUUCUGGCUGGGAUGGAUGGAUGGAUGGUCUUCGAUGUCACAGCUGCUAGUAACCACUGGCUGUUGAACCGGAAGUACAAUUUGGGUUUGAGACUGUAUGUGGAGACAGAGGACGGAGAGAGCGUGGACCCUGGGCUGGCCGGCCUCCUGGGUCGCCACGGAUCACAUUCCAAGCAGCCCUUUGUGGUGACCUUUUUCCAGGAGAGUGAAAACCAGGUCAGGCUCCCCCGAGCAACCAAGCAGGCAAAGAAACGGCCGCAGCACAAGAAGACCUACAGCUUCCCACAUACCAGCAGGCUCCCGGGGUUUUUUGACGACAACUAUGCUUCUGACCACAGCCAGGUAUGCAGAAGGCAUGAGCUGCACGUCAAGUUUCAAGAUUUUAAUUGGCUGGACUGGGUGAUUGCGCCCCAGAGUUACCCUGCAUUCUACUGCGACGGAGACUGUGUGUUUCCCUUGAAUUCCUCCAUGAACGCCACCAACCACGCCAUUGUCCAGUCGCUGGUCCACCUGAUGAAGCCCGAAGCCGUUCCCAAGGCCUGCUGCGCCCCCACGAAGCUCAGUGCCAUCUUCGUUCUCUUUUACGACAGCAACAACAACGUUAUCCUCAGGAAAAAGCGGAACAUGGUGGUGAAGUCCUGUGGCUGUCACUAAUGUGUGGCGGGCCCAGGCCCUUUCUGGGGGGAGCGGGCCCUGGAUGUGGGUGGGUGAGCGUGGCUGCUGCCUGCUUCCCAGAGGAAGACCCCCUUGACGGACAGGGACACAGCAUCCGGCUGCCCCUGGAGCGGAGGAGGCCCAGCCCGCCUGACCUGCAGACGCCUGGCCUGGCUGCUGGGGGGGCUGCUCAUCUCCUGCUCAAAGCAAGCCACCUCCCACA